UGAUCAUCUCCCUCUCGUGUUUGCCAUACUUGUUCAUUUAUCAAUGGGUAAGCUGGUUUUGGUCUUUUCUCUUGCUGUUCUUGGCCUAGCAGUAACAUGCAAGGCAGCAACUUACAUGGUAGGUGAUAAUUCAGGCUGGGACAUAAGCACUGACAUUGAUACGUGGGCACAGGACAAGACAUUUGCUGUUGGGGACCUUCUAAUGUUUCAAUACUCUUCAUCCCACAGUGUUGAAGAGGUAAAGAAAGAAGAUUUCGACAGCUGCAACAUGACCAAUGUUCUAAGAAAAUUUACUACUGGGAACACAACUGUGUCAUUGACAAACCCUGGAACGAGGUACUUCGUUUGUGGCAACAAGUUACAUUGUCUAGGAGGAAUGAAGCUUCAGGUAAAUGUAGCAAGCAAUCGAGCAUAUUCACCGAUCGGCGCGCCACAAGCACAUCCAGGGGGUACUAAUUCACAACCUUCUUCUAAGAGCAACAACCCUGCCUCUGUUAUUCCAACUUCAGCAGGGUCUGUCUAUGGCGGAAGGGAUUCUAUUGUAAUGGCUUUUCUUGGUUUUAUGGCUACUUUGUUAUGGGCAGUGCAAGUUUGAUUAGUAAAUGUUUGUAAUCUUGUUUAUUUAUUUUUAAUAUACGGUGAGGUUGAUCUCAUUUUUGAA